AUGGAUCGGAUCGUCGGUAGCAAGUACAAGCUGGGCCGCAAGAUCGGGAGCGGCUCCUUCGGGGAGAUAUAUCUCGCCACGCAUGUCGACACGUACGAGAUUGUAGCCGUCAAGAUCGAAAACAGCAAAACCAACCAUCCCCAAUUGUUAUACGAGGCCAAACUGUAUAAUGCUCUUCAGGGAGGGACUGGUAUUGCAAACAUAAAAUGGUGUGGCAUUGAUGGCGAAGAAAAUGUUCUUGUUAUUGAUUUACUUGGGCCAAGCCUUGAGGAUCUGUUUGUUUAUUGUGGCCGGAGAUUCUCACUGAAGACAGUUUUGAUGUUGGCAGAUCAGAUGAUAACAAGAAUAGAGUUUUUGCAUUCUAAGGGGUACUUGCACAGGGACAUCAAGCCCGACAACUUUCUUAUGGGCCUUGGUCGGAAAGCUAACCAGGUCUACAUCAUUGACUUCGGACUUGCCAAGAGAUACCGUGACUCAACCACGAAUCGCCAUAUACCCUAUAGAGAAAAUAAAAAUUUGACUGGCACAGCUCGCUAUGCAAGCUGCAACACUCAUCUUGGGAUUGAGCAAAGCCGAAGGGAUGAUCUGGAGUCCAUUGGAUAUGUUCUCUUGUAUUUUCUAAGGGGAAGUCUUCCUUGGCAGGGUUUAAAAGCUGCCACAAAGAAGCAGAAAUAUGACAAAAUAAGUGAGAAGAAGCUUUCAACACCUAUCGAGGUUUUGUGUAAAACCCAUCCUGUGGAAUUUGCUUCUUAUUUCCACUAUUGCCAUUCAUUGACAUUUGAUCAACGGCCAGACUACGGUUUUCUGCGACGGCUCUUUAGAGACCUGUCGGACCGUGAAGGGCACCAAUUCGAUCAUGUCUUUGACUGGACGCUGUUGAAGUGUAAGCAAACCCAGAAGGUGAAGGCUCAACAGCAAGAUCCUGGUGUAAGUAGCAGGCCGGUUGCAAAGAAUAUGGACAAACACCAAGUUAGUGGUUUACGUGCAGCUGAAGCUUCUUGUCAGCUUGAAGCAGAACAACGCCCAGUAAUCAGAAUGCAAAUAAGAUCUACUGCUGAGAACAGCCGUUCAAAUAAUCGACAUUCUGAUAAAUUGAGGGUGAGUGCUAGCACUGAUAAGGAAUUGCUGCAAUCAACAUCAUUUGGCCAUGCUGGUGCCCCAAGGAAGAACGGAUCAAUCUCCAAAACACCAUGGCUUGUCGAUCCCAACUCAGGACCUUCAAACCACCUUUAG